UUAAUAAAAGUAUAAAAAACUUUGUUUUAAAACUUUAAAAACCACACCGUCUCUCAAGUCAGUCGUCGUCCGUCGUCGACGGCCCACCCAAUAUCGUCGAAGACUUCAAGUUUCCACCACUCCGCUACGGCAUAUAUAUUAAGACUUUCUCAACACUCACAAAUAACACACCAAAAUAAUGACUAAAAUCACCUGCAGCUUCAUCAUCUCAUUAAUAAUAAUAGUAAUAAUUUCGGUUUCCGUUUCUGCAAGUAACGUCGGAGAUUUCCGCGGUGCUGUUUUCGGUGUAAAUUCAAAAUUCUCCGGCAAGGAAAGGUCGUUAAGUCUUUUUAAAGCUCAUGAUAACCUCCGUCAUCUUCAGAUUUUAGCAUCUGGUGUCGAUCUACCUCUCGGUGGAACCGGCCGUCCUGAUGCCGUAGGUUUGUACUAUGCCAAAAUUGGGAUUGGAACACCGCCGAAGGAGUAUUAUGUGCAAGUAGACACUGGAAGCGAUAUAAUGUGGAUCAACUGUAUAGAGUGCCGAGAGUGCCCCAAGAGAGGCUAUCACGGGCUGGAACUUACUCUAUACGAUCCACAAGAUACAUUCACAGGGCAAAUGGUUACAUGUUCUCAAGAGUUUUGUGCAGAGAUCAAUGGUGGUGCGGUUCCUGGUUGUAAGGCCAAUGCAUCUUGUCUAUAUACAGAGACUUAUGAUGAUGGAAGCUACAGUAUUGGUUACUUUGUUAGGGAUAUUGUCCAAUAUGCCACUGUGUCAGGUGACUUGGAAACUAAGCUGGCAAAUGGAAGUGUUAUAUUUGGGUGCGGUGCCAGACAAUCUGGGAACCUUGGUUCUUCCGAGGAAGCUCUUGAUGGUAUUCUUGGUUUCGGUAAAUCAAAUUCAUCUAUCAUUUCACAGUUGGCUUCAUCUGGGAAAGUGAAAAAGAUGUUUGCACAUUGUCUGGAUGGUGACAAUGGUGGUGGUAUUUUUGCAAUUGGACAUGUUGUUCAGCCGAAAGUUAAUUCAACGCCUUUGAUCCAAGAUGAGCCUCAUUACUCUGCCAAUGUUACGGGAAUAGAAGUUGGUACCCAGCUACUAAAUCUUUCAUCAAAUACACAUGGUUUAGGAGACAAGCGAAGAACUAUAAUAGAUAGUGGUACAACAUUGGCCUAUCUUCCAGAUGCAAUCUACAACUCUUUGGUGAAUGAGGUUGUUGCAGGGCAGCCUGAUUUAAGACUACGUACUCUUCAUGACCAGUAUACAUGCUUUCAAUUCUCUGGAAGUGUUGACGAUGUAUUUCCUGCGGUUACAUUUUAUUUUGAAAAUUCACUGUCCUUGAAAGUUUAUCCUCAUGAUUACUUAUUUGCCUUCGAAGAUUACUUGUGUUUUGGCUGGCAAAACAAUGGCUUGGAUUCAAUAAGUUCGAUGGACACAAUAUUGUUGGGAGAUUUGGUACUAUCCAAUAAGCUGGUCUUAUAUGAUCUUGAAAACCAAACAAUAGGAUGGACCGAGUAUAAUUGUUCUUCAAGCAUCAAACUAAGGGAUGAAAUUACUGGUUCGGUGCAUUUAGUAGGUCCUCAUUCUAUACCAUCUGAUGGCAGCCAUAUUCAUUGGACAUAUUUGAUUUCAUUUUUGAUGAUCAGUCUACUGCACUUAAUGGUAUCUUAAAUUCUGAAAUCUGAAGGUAGAUAGCGUUAAAUACGCAAUAUACAGACACAUUAAAGAAUUAGGCAAACUUAACACAGGGAUUAAAUCCAUUGUCUGGUAGUAUGUCAAGAACACAUCAGGCGCCAUAGCAAAAAGAUAAUUUUGUAAAUAAGUUUCAUUCUGCUUCUGGGUUUCUGUAGAAGCCCUAAAGGAGUGCACGGUCUUUUUGCUUGCAUAGUUGACAUCAACUUUUGUUGGGCUUUCACACUGGUUUUUGUUUAUGUAUUUUUUUUUUUCGUGAGCUCUCAGGUUGUUUGUAUAACGUCAUAUAGUACUGGCUAGUAAAAAGUUGCUUGGUAGAUACAAUCAUACAACCUUUUUUCUCUCUUUUUUUUGUGCCUUAAGAAAAGGACUACCUUUAAAAAAAAAUAGUGCAAUAUUGCAAAAGGGCAAGUGUGGUAUGUGGACUGUGUCUUAUUUUGUGCGAUUUGGAUUUAAUUUUGGUCUAGCUUUUAUAAGUGGCUGGUCACAUUUGAUUUCA